ACGGGGGCGUGGCCGACUCUGCAAAUUGAGCGGCUUCGGGUGUUACCGGAAACAGCCGAAAGCCAGUUCAAAGUGGGCGGAGAAAAUUGGUGGGCGUGGCCGAAUGGCUUUGGAGUUCCCGGAGUCACUUCGUGGGUUUCCGUAAAUAGAGCCGAAGCUCCUUCUUCGGAAUACAGGAGGCGCGUGUGUCCCCGGGGAUUUCAUUCUUCGGCUGUUUCCGGAAUUCACCCUCGCGGAGAGGAGAAGGUUCAUACCCCACCUCCAGUUCCUAGACGCUUCGGAUGUUUCCGGCUCCUGCCGGCGGAAAGAGCCGAGGGCCGGCGGUGGUGGCGGCCAUGUUGGGAGCAGCAGCCCACCUUGGGACACCUUGAUUCCAAGCCCAGCAGUAAGUCCAACAUGCUGCGGGGCCGCAACUCGGCCACCUCUGCUGAUGAGCAGCCCCAUAUUGGCAACUACCGGCUCCUCAAGACCAUUGGCAAGGGUAACUUCGCCAAGGUGAAGUUGGCCAGGCACAUCCUGACUGGGAAAGAGGUAGCUGUGAAGAUCAUUGACAAGACUCAACUGAACUCUUCCAGCCUUCAGAAACUGUUCCGUGAAGUAAGAAUAAUGAAGGUUUUGAAUCAUCCUAACAUAGUUAAGUUAUUUGAGGUGAUUGAGACUGAGAAGACGCUCUACCUUGUCAUGGAGUACGCCAGUGGUGGAGAAGUGUUUGAUUACCUAGUGGCUCAUGGCAGGAUGAAAGAAAAAGAGGCUCGAGCCAAAUUCCGCCAGAUAGUGUCUGCUGUCCAGUACUGUCACCAGAAGUUCAUUGUUCAUAGAGACCUAAAGGCAGAAAACCUGCUCUUGGAUGCUGAUAUGAACAUCAAGAUUGCGGACUUUGGCUUCAGCAAUGAAUUUACCUUUGGGAACAAGCUGGAUACCUUCUGUGGCAGUCCCCCUUAUGCUGCCCCAGAACUGUUCCAGGGCAAGAAGUAUGAUGGCCCUGAGGUGGAUGUGUGGAGCCUGGGAGUCAUCCUCUACACCCUGGUCAGCGGAUCCCUGCCUUUUGAUGGACAGAACCUCAAGGAGCUACGGGAGCGGGUACUGAGGGGGAAAUACCGUAUUCCAUUCUACAUGUCCACGGACUGUGAAAACCUGCUUAAGAAAUUUCUCAUUCUUAAUCCCAGCAAGAGAGGCACUUUAGAGCAAAUUAUGAAAGACCGGUGGAUGAAUGUGGGGCAUGAAGAUGAUGAACUAAAGCCUUAUGUGGAGCCACUCCCUGACUACAAGGAUCCCCGGCGAACAGAGUUGAUGGUGUCCAUGGGCUACACACGGGAAGAGAUCCAGGACUCACUGGUGGGCCAGAGGUACAACGAGGUGAUGGCUACCUAUCUGCUCCUGGGCUACAAGAGUUCUGAGCUGGAAGGUGACACCAUCACCUUGAAGCCCCGGCCUUCAGCUGACCUGACCAAUAGCAGUGCCCCAUCCCCAUCCCACAAAGUACAGCGCAGUGUCUCAGCCAACCCCAAGCAGCGACGCUUCAGUGACCAGGCUGGCCCAGCCAUUCCCACCUCUAAUUCCUACUCUAAGAAGACUCAGAGUAACAACACAGAAAAUAAACGGCCUGAGGAGGACCGGGAGGCAGGGCGGAAGGCCAGCAGCACUGCCAAAGUGCCUGCCAGCCCCCUGCCCGGCCUGGAGAGGAAGAAGACAACUCCUACCCCCUCCACGAACAGCGUCCUCUCCACCAGCACAAACAGAAGCAGGAACUCCCCGCUUUUGGAGAGGACCAGCCUCGGCCAGGCCUCCAUCCAGAACGGCAAAGACAGCCUAACCAUGCCAGGGUCCCGGGCCUCCACGGCUUCUGCUUCUGCCGCAGUCUCUGCGGCCCGGCCCCGCCAGCACCAGAAAUCCAUGUCGGCCUCCGUGCACCCCAACAAGUCCUCUGGGCUGCCCCCCACGGAGAGUAACUGUGAGGUGCCGCGGCCCAGCACAGCCCCCCAGCGUGUCCCUGUCGCUUCCCCCUCUGCCCACAACAUCAGCAGCAGUGGUGGAGCCCCAGACCGAACUAAUUUCCCCCGGGGUGUGUCCAGUCGAAGCACCUUCCACGCUGGGCAGCUCCGACAGGUGCGGGACCAGCAGAAUUUGCCCUACGGUGUGACCCCAGCCUCUCCCUCUGGCCACAGCCAGGGCCGGCGGGGUGCCUCUGGGAGCAUCUUCAGCAAGUUCACCUCCAAGUUUGUCCGCAGAAAUCUGUCUUUCAGGUUUGCCAGAAGGAACCUGAAUGAACCUGAAAGCAAAGACCGAGUGGAGACGCUCAGACCUCACAUGGUGGGCAGUGGAGGCAACGACAAAGAAAAAGAAGAAUUUCGGGAGGCCAAGCCACGCUCACUGCGCUUUACAUGGAGUAUGAAGACCACCAGCUCCAUGGAGCCCAAUGAGAUGAUGCGGGAGAUCCGCAAGGUGCUGGAUGCAAACAGCUGUCAGAGCGAGCUGCACGAGAAGUACAUGCUGCUGUGCGUGCACGGCACGCCGGGCCAUGAGAACUUCGUGCAGUGGGAGAUGGAGGUGUGCAAACUGCCGCGGCUGUCACUCAACGGUGUUCGGUUUAAGAGGAUAUCAGGCACCUCCAUGGCCUUCAAAAACAUUGCCUCCAAAAUAGCCAAUGAGCUGAAGCUUUAACAGGCUGCCCG